CUUCCGGUUCAGCGGCGGAACGGCCCGAGCGCCUCCGGCCCUGGCUUCUGCGGCCCGCCCCCUUCUGCAACCCUCCCGCGGCUCUGCCGGCGGGCGCUGGGGGAAGGUAGUGGCCAAUCAAGUGUUCCUCUUUCAAAGCCGGCCGGCCGGGCCGGGCGCCGCCUCCGUUCCCUCGCUCGUGGCCCGCUGGUCCUCCCCGCCCCCCAGGAGCUUCGGGACGUCAUGGCCUGGGACGGCCGCGGCCCGGCGGGUGUGAGGCCGCCGUUCGCCCCGCGCGCGCUCCCCGGGCUGCUGCUGGUGCCGCCGGCGUCGGCCUCGGCCUGAAGCGCCGCCCCGCCGCGCCCCCCGCCCGCCCCGCCGGGCCGCCUGGGCGCCGCGCCCCAUGGCCUCCGAGGCGCCGUCGCCUCCUUUGUCGCCGUCGCCGCCCGCCUCCCCCGAGCCCGAGCUGACCCAGCUGAGGCGGAAGGUGGAGAAGUUGGAGCGCGAGCUGCGGAGCUGCAAGCGGCAGGUGCGGGAGAUCGAGAAGCUGCUGCACCACACGGAGCGGCUGUACCAGAGCGCCGAGAGCAACAACCAGGAGCUCCGCACCCAGGUAGAAGAGCUCAGUAAGAUACUCCAUUGUGGGAGAGCUGAAGAUAGUAAAAAGUCUGAUGUAGAAGUUCAAACAGAAAAUCAUCCUCCAUGGUCAACCUCAGAUUAUUAUUACCAAACAUACUAUAAGGAUGUUAGUUUUCCAAAUAACGUGACUGAGCAUUUGGUUCAUCAAGAUCAAGAUGCGAAAGUGUCUAAUUUUAAUUCUAAAGACCAGUCGGAAAUAGGAACUGAUGCUUACAUAGGUACUGAGGAAACACAGGAAAACGUUAGAUGUGGAGAAGAGGACCAUUUUGCCUCAAAUUCACAGGAGCCAGCAUCUGCAUUAGCCACAGAAGAUACACACUUGGAAGGGUCUUCAUUAGCUGAAAGCUUGAGAGCUGCAGCAGAAGCUGCUGUAUCACAGACUGGAUUUAGUUAUGAUGAAAAUACCGGACUGUAUUUUGACCAUAGCACUGGUUUCUAUUAUGACUCAGAAAAUCAACUGUAUUAUGAUCCUUCCACUGGAAUUUAUUAUUAUUGUGAUGUGGAAAGUGGUCGCUAUCAGUUUCAUUCUCGAGUGGAUUUGCAGCCUUAUCAGACUUCUAGUACAAAGCAUGGUAAAGAGAAAAAACUGAAGAAGAAAAGAAAGGACCCAGAAUCUUCUGCAGUAAAUGAGGAUUUGAAUUCAGAAGAUCAAAAAGCAUUCAGUGCUGAGCACAUAAGCUGCAAUGAUGGAGAAGAUUUCGCAAAUGUGAGAAAGAAGGCCAGAACCGAUACUCAUUACAAAAAUAGUCCCCCCAAAUUCACGGUUCCAGUUACUGGAAAAACUGUAGACUCGCCUCUUAACGAAAACAUACAAUAUUCAGCUUCAUUUAAAGAUGAAAAAAUUAUAGAGACUGAUAGUGAACCAGAAGAAGGUGAAAUUACAGACUCUCAGACUGAGGACAGUUAUGAUGAAGAUGCUACCAGUGAAGACAAUGUAACAGCAGAAGACACCGAGGAUGAAGAUGAAGAAAAAAUUUGGCCUCCGUGCAUUAGAGUAAUUGUUAUUAGAUCACCAGUACUUCAGACUGGAUCACUUUUUAUCAUUACAGCUGUAAAUCCUGCUACAAUUGGAAGAGAAAAAGAUAUGGAACAUACUGUUCGAAUCCCUGAAGUUGGUGUCAGUAAGUUUCAUGCUGAAAUUUAUUUUGACCAUGACUUACAAAGUUAUGUCCUUGUGGACCAAGGCAGUCAAAAUGGCACUAUUGUUAAUGGAAAACAGAUUCUUCAGCCGAAAACUAAGUGUGAUCCUUACAUACUUGAACACGGAGAUGAGGUGAAGAUUGGAGAGACAGUGAUGUCCUUUCACAUUCACCCUGGCAGCGAUACCUGUGACGGCUGUGAACCCGGGCAGGUUAGAGCUCACCUUCGCCUUGAUAAAAAAGAUGACUCUUUUGUCGGUCCAGCACUCAGUAAGGAAGAAAAAGAAUUGGAAAGAAGAAAGGAAUUAAAGAAAAUACGAGUGAAAUAUGGUUUGCAGAAUACAGACUAUGAAGAUGACAAGGCAUUGAAGAAUCCAAAAUACAAAGAUAGAGCUGGAAAGCGUAGGGAGCAGAUUGGAAGUGAAGGAACUUUCCAGAGAGAUGAUGCUCCAGCAUCUGUUCACUCUGAAAUUACUGAUAGCAACAAAGGUCGGAAGAUGUUGGAGAAGAUGGGAUGGAAAAAAGGAGAGGGCCUGGGGAAGGAUGGAGGAGGAAUGAAAACUCCGAUUCAACUUCAGCUUCGACGAACACAUGCAGGCUUGGGGACUGGAAACCCGUCCUCAAUUGAAGAUGUUCACCUUUUCCAGAACAAGAGCAAAAAGAACUGGGAAAAGGCACGGGAGCGUUUUGCUGAAAACUUCCCAGAAACAAAACCUCAAAAAGAUGCACCGGGGACCUUGCCUUGGGUAAAGGGGACUGUAGAGUGAAAGUCAAUCAUUGAACAAAGUCAUGCUUUUUUUUAAAAAAGGAGCUUGGAAACUCUUAUUUUAUGCAGAAGUUUUCUCUCCAGAAGAGUGGCACGAGGGAACCGUGUCACAGCUCAUGCCUUUUGAUUCAAAAAUGUGUAAGAAAGUAAGGUUUGCAGCUUUUAAAACCAUUUUUUAAAGUUGAUGAAUAGUGACUGCAAAUCAGGUGAAGUUGAGGGUGGUCAGAAGUUCACAGGGCACAGAUGAACUCAGACCUUAUUAUCUUGUCAUUUAUAAUAUCCGUAUAUGCAACUAUCCAUAUAAGCAAAAUUCAUGUAACUACUAAUGACUUAAAUGUACAUUUGUCCUUGUCUUCAUGUAUUCAUUAUUAUUAUAUGUGCGCACACACAAAGUUUAUAAAAACAAUUUAACUAUAAGCAUCUUUGUUUAUGCCCUUUAGAACCUAGAUUUUUAAAAAGUUGAGAAAACCUGGGUAGUGGUCCAUAAAUUUUUUGAUCCUUGGAACAACCCUAAGUAAUAUUAUUAAAGAACUAAUGAGCAGGUGACAUGUUGUAGAAAAUUAGUCUUUCAUUGUUUUCUUCUGUGAAGAAUCUUGUUGGUUUGUACUGUAUAUUAAGCAUUUACAUUUGGUUUAUUUCAUAGCUGAAAUAUUUAGGUAUGAACAGUUGAGCACAGCAUUAAACUAGUCAAUGUGCUGUGCAGUUUGUAGUUUUGAUAAAUCCCAUUGCUGGCAAUGGAGUUGUGCCAGAGAAAUCUGAUUUCUAGUGCAAAAGAAUUACCUGGCCAAGACCUCAAAUUAAAAAUAUUUAUUGAAAGUGUUCUCAAAUGCAAUAAAAGUAUUGUAGCAUCAAAAAGUGUGAUUCAUUGAGCCAGUGAUUCAAAUGUAAUGGUCUGCCUUGAACUCUACAAUCGGAAUUUUCCUCUUGACAUUUGGGCAGAGCAGUCACGGAAACUGGCCUCAGAGUGCUGGAGACUGCAGUGCAGUUUCCUGAGGACAGGUGUCACUGCUUGGCUAAUAUCAGUAUUCUUUUUCGUUCAACUUUUCUCUCAGACUUUUUACUGGGAAAUUAAUGCUGAAAUGAUCCUUUUCUUCCAUUAACUAUAAGUUGUCACUUCCCCAUCUCUAUAAAGAAAUGUCUUCAAGAUUUAGAAAGGAAAGGAAAAUUUUUUUAAAUUUAUAAAGUAGGGAAGAUAAUUAAGAAAGGUUACAUUGGAACUUCUGGUUUAAAGAGAAUACUUAGAAAAGUGGGUGGGAGAAGAAAAAUUAAUUUAUUACUGAAAAGACAUCUGGGAAAGAGGACGCUCAAUGGACUGUGCUCAUGCAUUGCAUGCAGGAGACUGGGGUUUGAUCCCCAGCACUCUGUGGUCUGAGCGCAGAGCUAGGAGUAUCCCUGACUGCUGCUGGGUGUGACCCUAGAAGUCCCCAAAAUUAAAAUGACAUUUUUUACCUAACAGGCUGUCAAGUUUCUGUAGCUCUAAUCUAGGAUAAUUAAAGGCCCUGUAGCUCCAAAUCUCAACAAUUUUCUCGACAAUGGGGUUUCCCUCUCUGUCCACCCUGCCACCUGCAAAUUUGACUUGGAGGAAAUCUGAGUGUCCUGUCAUUUUCUAUAAAAUAGAAGAACAGAAUUAUUCUUAUAAAUGCAGUUCUAAUAUCGGUGCCCGUUGCAUGCAGCAAUUAUUUGACCCCAAAUCAGACUGCUUCUGGCAGAUCUCACUCAUUGGAUUAGUAUGCAGCUGUCUCUAUAUAAUAUUUCCUGUUUUUAUUACUAGUUUGAGAAGAACUUUUUUCAUUGUUUUGUUAAGAAAAUGGAAACUUGAAAAUGGUGAUAAAAAUAGAAAUAUAUGUGAUACUUUGCAUUAUGAAAAAAUUUUCAGAUCUAAAGUCUCAGGGCUACACUUUGUAGUGGUUAUGGCACUGAAUAAUUUCUGGGUCUAUUUCCAUCUGUGAAAUAAGUAUCUCACAUGUCUGUCAAAUAAAUAAUGAUAAAAUGUAUAUAAAAGCACUUUGUAAGCUGUACAAGUAGAACAGAUGUAAGCUUCUAUUUGUUUAGAAGUGUAGAUGUGAAUUAUGUACAAUUUGGAUAAUACAUAAAAUUGUUUUGUGUCUAAUA